AGGCGGGUUUGCGCAGUUUGCUGCUCCUGGUCAAGGUCAAGGUCAAGGUCAAGGAUUGCCACCUCCGACUGCCGCCUCGAGUCAUACAAGCGCAGCACAUCCUCCCCACGCAGGAGGAUUCCAUCAGGCUCCGUUGCAAGCACACACGGGCGCAGGACCGGGACUCCCGCCUCCGACACAGAUGGCGCCGCGCACGACGACUGACACAUCAGCAUUUGGCGCGCCUCCACCGACGACGACUGGUGCUGCGUUUUACUCCCCGAGCGGCCACGCAGGCACAUACCCUGGCCAACACGCUGCACCACAGGAGGGUCUCAUGGUCUCGCAGGGGCGUCAACCGGGGCCGCCGGGACCCGCUGCUCCACCGCCGCUCUCUUCCUCCUCCUCCUCCUCCUCGGCUGGCCAGCAGUUCCACACUUUGCCGCAGCCGCCACCCGGAGCACCGUCAUCUCAGCAGCAGUUCCACGCCUUGCCAUCCGGAGCGCCGCAUCAGCAGCAGUUUGGACAGCAGCAGUUUGGCAACACUUCUUCGCAGCAGCUCACUUCCCCUCCGCAGCAACACCAGCAACCACAACAACAGGCCCCGUCUCAACAAGCAUGGCAGUCUCCUGCGCAACCGCCGUUCAACCCGGCCGCUGGGCAUCCUGCGCGCACCGACCCCAACUCGCUUUCCGGGCCAAUUGCCAGCAUGAGUUUGCAACCACAGUCACUUCAGUCGCAGCCGCAGCUUCCUCACCAACCACCACAUGCUCAGCAACCGUCGCAGUUUGGCGAGCAGCAAUUCCCAUCGAGCCAACAACCCGGAUUCCACGCGGCCGCACCACCCCAAUCGCUCCCUCAGGCUGCCGCCCAACCCGGUUAUGCGCCUCCGCAGCAGCAGCAGCAGCAGCAGCCCUCGGCUUUCCCACCUUCACAGCAGCCCUUCUCGCCUCCUCAGGCUGGUUUGACACCUGCUGGAAUGCCGCCUACUGAUGCCGGAUUCUCUGCCACCUCGCCUCAAGGAGCAUCGGCCAAUCGUCGGCGUUAUCCCACCCCUGCUGCAGCAGCUGCCUCGUACGGAGCCGCUCCUCAACAGCCUCAACUCAACAGCCAGAUGCCGCAAUCCCAGCCGCCAUUCAGCAAUGGACCGCCUGGGUUUGCACCCCAAAGCGGCCAGUUUGCCGCGCCAACCCAGCCGUUUGGCAAUCAGCAGCAAGCGCAGCAGCAAGUGCAGCCACAGCAGUUUGGCCAGCAACCUCCCUCCCAGUUUGGAGCUGGUCCUGGUAUGUCUGCUCCGCCUUCCACGCAGCAGCCACAACAACCGCCCAUGCAACCAAACCAGUUUAGCAACCAGCCAUCCUUUGCUCAGCAUCAACAACAGCAAUUCUUGCAACAGCAACAGCAGCAGCAACAGCAACCGGGAUUCCCACAGCAGCAACCUGCUGGAUUCCAACAACCUGGAUUCCAACAGCCACAACCUGGAUUCCAGCAGCAACAACCUGGAUUCCAACAACCAAACCAGCAGCUGCAGCAACAGCAGGGCGGAUUCCAACAAGCAGGCAAACCCCCGCAAAAGCAAAGCCGAAUUGAUCCCAAUCACAUUCCCUCGCCAGUGGCGGUCAUGGAGGGUGACCAGCAAACCUUUGACGGCGUUGCAGCCUACAUUGCAAGUGCACCCGUCGCCGGCUUGGCCCCUUCUGCCUCGUUUACCGGAGCGACCACGCCCACCGCGACUGAGAGCAAACACAUUCCGCCUCUGGCAUCGACAACCGUUCGUCUCGUUGAUGACGGCAACUGCACACCGCGCUUUAUGCGUGCAACAAUCAACAAUGUUCCCAUUUCCGAAGAGCUGCUGAACAAGACCAAGCUGCCGUUCGGCGUCAUUGUGACUCCUAUGGUUGACACGACGCCUGGCGAGCAGCCAAUCUACGUUGCCGACCACGGCACCGAUGGACCCGUGCGAUGCAACCGUUGCAAGGCCUACAUUAACUGCCACGUGACGUUCAUCGAUGGCGGCCGCGCGUUUGUGUGCAAUUUGUGCAGCCAGAAGAACGAAGUGCCUGCAGCCUACUUUUGCAACCUCGACCACACUGGCCGGCGUCUCGACGUGAACGCGCGUCCCGAGCUCCGCUUUGGCUCGGUCGAGUUUGCUGCCACCAAAGACUACUACAACCGUCCUCCGCUUCCUCCGGCCUACGUGUUUGUGAUUGACGUGUCGUGGCACUCGGUGCAUUCGGGAGUGCUCUUGACCGUCAUCCAGGCCAUCAAAAGCUUGCUCGACUCGCUGCCCGCUGCCGUCCCAGUCGAAUCCCCGAGUCAACCUGGCGACGAUCGCAUCGACAGCGAACCUACGAGCAGCUCCGCUCGCGCCACUGGCAGGACGCGGUCACCUGUCAAGGUCGGCUUUAUCACGUACGAUCGCGCAGUGCACUUCCACAACCUAAACCCUUCGCUGACGCAGUCACAGAUGCUCAUUGUGAGCGACGUGACGGAUGUUUUCUUGCCGCUGGCGCCCGAGGGCGGGUUGUUGGUUGACGCGUUCCAGUCGCGCUCUUUGAUUGAAUCCUUCCUCGAUCGUUUGCCGCAGCAAUUCCACGACACGAAGCAAUCCGACCCGGCGAUUGGCCCCGCGUUGCAGGCCGCCCAUCUCGCUGCCAAGGAUCGCGGAGGCAAGGUUCUCUUUUUCCAGACCACCUUGCCCAGCUCGGAGCUUCCCGGCAAACUGACGCGACGAGAUGACGUCAAGUUGCUAGGCACGGACAAGGAAAAUACCAUCAUUGCGCCCAACCCCACCGACACGUUCUACCGCAAGCUUGCCACAGACUGCACCGCAUCCGGAGUGUCUGUUGAUCUCUUCCUCUUGUCGCCUUCGUAUCUCGACGUCGCGACUGUGAGCCAAGUGAGUGCGUUGACUGGCGGUUCUGUGUAUCACUACCCGAACUUUACAGCCGCGCUGGACGGCGAGCGUCUCUUCCGCGAGAUUCGCUACACUGUCACCCGCACCACCGGCUACGACGCGCUCAUGCGUCUGCGCUGCAGCAACGGGCUGCGUGCUGUCGAGUUCUUUGGCAACUUUAGCAUGCGCAACACAACUGACAUGGAGUUGGCAGGCAUUGAUGCUGACAAGGCGAUUGGCAUCCAACUUCGGCAUGACGACACGCUCAGCGAGCGCCAAAACGCAUACUUGCAGCUUGCCCUGCUGUACACGAAUGCGCACGGGCAGCGCCGCAUUCGAGUCCACAACAUUGCGCUUCGCAUCUCGAAUGUUAUUCAAGAUGUGUUCCGGCACGCUGAAAUGGACACCAUCCUGAAUUUCAUUGCCAAGCAGGCUGAUCGCGAUGUCCACAAGAAGCCACUUCGCGCCGUCCGCGACCAUUUCAGCGAUCUUUGCAUUGCCAUUCUGACCAACUACCGCAAACACUGCGCGGCCAAUUCGUCUCCUGGCCAGCUCAUUCUGCCAGAAGCUCUGAAGCUGCUACCCGUUUACACCAACGCCCUUCUCAAGUGCGAUGCGUUCCGAGGAGGGUCUGCUGUUGCGCCUGAUAUUCGCGCGGCGACCCUGCAUGCCCUGUCGUGCAUGGCUGUCUCCAAUUCCAUCCCUUUCUUCUAUCCUCGGUUGUUGUGCGCAACUGACGCUCGUGCCAGGGAUGUUGUUGAUGAUCGUCUGCCUCGACUGGUGCGCACGUCGUAUGAGCGAUUGGAUGAUACGCAAGUGUAUCUGUGUGAGAACGGCGUGUACUUGUUUGUUUGGGUUGGGCGUAACACUUCGAGCGAGCUGCUGCAAUCCUUGUUUGGUGUUCCGACAUUCCAGGCCGUUGACACGACAAAGACAUCACUUUCGGCGUUCGACAACCCCAUCUCUUCCAAAAUGCGAUUGUUUGUCGACAUCCUUCGUCGCCAGCGCCUCUCGUCCCGCUUUUUGCGCAUGAGCAUUGUGAAGCAACAGGACGCUUCGGAAGUUGCCUUCCUCAAUAUGCUAGCGGAAGACAAGGGUCCCGAUACCAUGUCCUACGUGGAUUAUCUUUGCCACAUUCAUCGCAUUAUUCAAGCCGAUAUCUCGACCAAUUCCUAAUUGACGUGUCUGCCUUUCUGUUUGCCAUUUUUCAGAAUGAAAGCGAUUUUUUUUCAAUGACAAAGACGGAAACAACAAAAG